UUAUUUGUUUGGUUUUCUUUGUAUGUAUGGAUUACUUGGAUUGUUACCGACAUCUGGUGAAAAGAAAUGGUACGUCGGCCCAGGGCAGCCCCCUUCUGGCUUCCCUCCCCGUCCCGGGACGGCCUCUGCAGCCUCAGCUCGACCUCAAACACCUCCUGCCCUUCAGACUCAAUGGAUCCUCUCCCCUCAGCCUCUUCCCGAACUUUAACACGAUGGACCCUGUCCAGAAGGCAGUGAUCAACCACACAUUUGGUGUCCCUCAGCCCCUCAAGAAGAAACAGAUUAUCUCCUGCAACAUUUGCCACCUGCGCUUUAACUCAACGAACCAAGCAGAGGCCCACUAUAAGGGCCACAAGCAUGCCCGGAAGCUCAAAGCCAUGGAGGCCCAGAAGAACAGGCAGCGACGAGCUGGGGAUGCCUCAUCCACAGGAAGGGAGAGAGACAGAGACAGAGACCGGGAACGAGAUCGGGACAGGAGCAAGGCCUCCAAGUCCGAGGAAGCUCUUCCCGCGCUCAUGGAUACAAGCUUAGCGGAGGGCGCAAGUCUUCAGUCUGACCAAGAACAAGCCAACCUGGAGGAAAAGCUUGAAGAGAGUCCCGGGAGCUCAGUUAUGCUGACACCAGUGUCCGAGGUUUCCUCAGUGGAGUUGGUCACCCUUUCCCCUCCACAGAUAUCGCCUUCCUCACACCUCUCAGAGACUGCCUCGGACACCAGCGCCCCCGAAGUCCCUGAGGCUAUCGAGGCCGUGGGCCCCAUCACUGAGUCAGGCAGCAAUGCAGACACGUCCAGCAUAAAGGAGGAGCCAGGGACAGAUGAUGACAAGGACCCCAAAAAGAGCAAGGCUCACCUCCAUUGUCCUGUCUGCAAAGUCACAGUCAACUCCAUCUCCCAACUGGACGCACACAACAGUGGUACAAAGCACAAGCUGAUGCUGGAAGGUCACAGUGUUCUGCCUCGGCGCAGGGGGAAGGUGGUGUCAGCUCGUGCAGGCUUGAAGAGCAAGAGGCUGGCUAGCAAAGGCAGCAUCGGGGUGCCCAGCAAGAACUUCCAGUGUGAAGUGUGUGAGAUCUUUGUGAACUCUGAGACGCAGCUCAGCCAGCACAUGAAUAGCAGAAGGCACAAGGAUAGGCUGGCCGGAAAACCACCCAAACCCAAAUUUACCCCCCACAGCAAGAGCCAGCCAAGCACCAGCUUAGCGAACGUGAGAUGGAGUGGCUAUGCAGGCAUGGCUGUGUCUGCCAUGAAGAAAGCGUUCAGCCAGUACAAUCUCACCUCCCUCUCCACGCAGACCAAACUGGCCUUGCAGAAGCAGCUGACCAAGAGCUUGACAACUGGCUUCUUGCCCAGCCCCCUCACCCAGCCAACUCUGUGCACCAUGGCAACUAACCCACUGGCUCUGCGCCACCCAGUGGGCACCACCACCUUCAUCCAGUCCCCCUUCCUGGGCCCUGCACUGUUUCGGCCCGCCCCGGGGCCGCUGCGGGCCACGCACACACCCAUCAUCUUCUCCCCCUACUAAAGACUUGACCCACUUCCUGAAUGAGCUCCACCCUUGUCCCUUUACCAAAACCCAGGCCCUCCUUUAGUGACAAAGGCCACACGCAAACUA